CGGAGCGGGUGAACGCCUUACUGGAGGUGUACUUGAAGCACUAUGUGAGUGCUAACUAGCGAGGUUGGGUGAAGUUGAUGGAUACGACACAAUUCUCCUACAACUUGCACCACAGCGAGUCGACCAACACGAGUCCAUUCGAGUUGGCGAAGGGGUAGCAACCAUUGAUGCCUACGACGGUGGCAACGGGGUAUAGAGGGAACAGUCUGACAUCCAACAAGUUUGCUAAGGCUGGCAGAGAAGAUGGAGAUGACCAAGUCUUAGUUAGCCCGCGCUAGUAAGAAGAUGAAUAAAUGGGUGGACAAGAAGAGCGACACCUUGAGUUUGAAGAGGAAGACAUGGUAAUGGUAAAGUUCUACCCUCUUCGCUUCAAGCAUCUCAAGAACGUGCACAAGGGACUGCUUCGCCGCUAUGAAGGGUCAUUCUCCAUCGUGAAGAGGAUUCGCAAGGUGGCGUACAAGGUGGAUAUGUCGUCGCACUUGGAGAUCCAUCUGGUCUUUCACAGGAGCCAACUCAGGCUUUCAACGAAGACAAAGAGGACGAGUAAGGGACGGAGUCACAUCGCACACCAACACUCGUCACCAAGACACACGACCAUGAAGAAGAGAUCAUGGCGCGUCGUGUCAUUCCUCAUCGUAGCAUUCAAUCUAGUUAUGUGGAGUACUUGGUCAAGUGGCACAAUCUUCUGCAGAGCGAAGCUAGUUGGGAGAACGAGCUCACACUUUGGAAGAACAAAGACUUGAUCAAGACUUUCCCUCAAGAGGAUGGGACGAGGGCGUCGUGAGCAUAAGUGGGGGAGGAUGCCACAUGUGGCAGAUGACAUGGAGCCAACUAGGUGACAACAUGGUGUGCACAUGUGGCGUGUAUGGAUUACUAGAAGUAUAGAGAUGCUUCUAGGAUUCUCUCAACCUUUAUGAGCAUUAUGGUGCACUUAUGGGCCACAUUAUGGGUGGUAUUAAAGAAUGCAUGAUGGG